AUGUCUGCUCUGACCGAGAUCUUUGGAGAUGAUUCCGUACUACAAUUCGGUGGAGGAACUUUAGGGCACCCUUGGGGAAAUGCACCCGGUGCCGUAGCUAAUCGAGUAGCUCUAGAAGCAUGUGUACAAGCUCCUUACAUCAACAAUAUGUCUUCUCCGGUUCUUUGUUCUUACUCUUCUUCAGCCACCGAUCUUAAUAUCAGUAAAGAAGACGUUAUACGCAGCACAGUGAACUUCCAUCGUAGCAUUUGGGGAGAUCGGUUUCUUACUUACAAUGAGAGAGAGGAUCAAGCUUGGGAGGAGCAACAAGCUAAAGAACUCAGAGAGGAAGUGAGAAAACAACUAGUAGUCAAUACUGCUUCAAACGGACAAAUGCAACAUGUGAAGCUGAUACAACUCAUUGAUGUGGUACAACGACUCGGUGUAGCAUAUCAUUUCGAGGAGGAAAUCGAGGAAACCUUAAACCAUAUUUUUGUUACAUAUGGAGAUCAUUGGAUUGAUGAUAGCAACCUCCAAAGCACCUCCCUUUGGUUCAGACUCCUACGUCAACAAGGCUUUAAUGUUUCAAGUGGAAUAUUCAAGAAGUAUAUGGACAGCAAGGGAAAUUUCAUGGAAUCUGACGCGUCUCUUAAGAUUCAGAUAGAAGAAGCACUAGAACAACCUCUUCGCAAAAGGUUACCAAGGCUAGAGGCCUUGCGUUACAUACCCAUCUACCAGAAAGAAGCUUCCCAUAAUGAGGCCUUCCUAAAGUUUUCUAUGUUGGAUUUCAAUUUACUUCAAUCCAUGCACAAAAAGGAGCUCAGCCAGAUCAGCAAAUGGUGGAAGAAUUUGGAUUUACAAAACAAGCUACCUUAUGUUCGGGACAGAUUGGUAGAAGGCUACUUUUGGAUAUUGGCCGUCUAUUUUGAGCCUCAAUAUUCUGAUGCUAGGAUCUUUCUAAUGAAAACAUGCAAUCUUGUUAUCAUAUUGGAUGACACGUAUGAUAACUAUGGUACCUACGAAGAGCUUGAGAUAUUUACCCAAGCUGUUCAAAGAUGGUCGGCAAGCUGCAUUGAUACACUUCCUGAGUACAUGAAAAUCAUAUAUCAAGAACUUUUGGAUGUUUACAAAGAAACUGAGGAAGUACUAGAACCGAAAGGGAAAGCAUAUCAUAGUUACUAUACUAAAGAGAUGGUGAAAGAGUACACUCGAAAUCUCCUAAUCGAAGCCAAAUGGGCAAAAGAGGGCUACAUUCCUACCGUAGAAGAACACAUGUCAGUUACAAUGGUAACAUGUGCUUACGGCAUGAUAAUAGCAAAAUGUUAUGUGCAUGGCAAUGAUUUGGUCACCGAGGAUACAUUCAAAUGGGUGUCCACCUAUCCUCCUCUUGUGAAAGCUUCAUGUUUGAUUUUAAGGCUCAUGGAUGAUAUUGCUACCCACGAGGAGGAACAAGAAAGGAACCAUGUAGCUUCUAGCAUUGAAUGUUACAUGAAGCAAUAUGGUAUCUCGGAGGAACAAACACGUGAAAUAUUUUCAAUACAAGUCGAAGAUUCAUGGAAAGUUAUAAAUCAAGAGUCCUUAAGGCCAACUGAUAUACCGAGACCUCUGCUCAUGCCUCCAAUCAACCUAGCACGAGUUUGUGAUGUUUUGUAUAAACGUGGUGACGAUUACAAUCAUGCCGGAAAGGAAAUGAUCCAUAUUAUUGAAUCGCUUCUGGCAAAUUCUAUGAGUGUUUAG